CUCACGCAAUUUUCAGAAUUAUUUUGGCCUCCGUACCUGUUGGUUCUCAAUAAUUUUUAUCACCAAAUCAAUGGUGAAUUUAUCAAUUGAUCAGGACAAUUGGCCAAAGUGUUCUCUUGGUGUUAAUUUUCCCUUUGAAUAAGUCUUGCAAAGUUUCAGUUUUUCCUUGGUCUGUAUAGUGAAUGUGUUUGUAGUGAAAGAAUGUAGAAAAAGUUCCAGUCUCAGUGAAGUGGAUAGAACAAGUCUAAGAAAAUGUAUGAAAGAUUAUUAAUUGAUUUUAUUCUUUCUGUGAGAAAUUCGUAAAAAUUGUGUAGGAGUUUCGAUGAGAUAGCAAGUUAGAGAAAGAAGAGAGAAGUCCAGAAUAGAGCUUUUUCCAUGCUUUUUCGAGCUUUCUCCGUGGGUUUCAUUACAUAACUCCCUCUCGACAACUGAAAAUGUGCUCCCUGUGAAAUUCUUGUGUUAUUUGGCAUCGCAAUUGAUCUCAUAAAAUCCAAAUAAUGAUUCUUUUACGAGCACACAGUGUGUUGUGAUUUUCCAUGCAAUAGUUUACAAGUGAAGAACACCCUUGACUCCUGAAAGAGGCAUCAAAGACUCAGAAAGGGAAUGAGGAAGUAAAGUAAUAUAAUGCCACUGAAAUGUAAUUAGGAGAAAAGUUAUUCAUAGAAACUCACAUCAAAAACGUUAAUAAAAGUGUGUCAAAAGUGUCUCAAAAGUGCUAAGAAAAAAAAAGGAUAAUUAGAAUUCAAGCAACAUUGUAAUCGUAAAUUGAGGAGGACAAUGUGAAAUGAUGAAGACGAAAAGCUCCACUUUUCCACACAAAUAGCACAAAAGCAUUCGCUGCAGAUGAUACUAUUUAUACUUGUAUAGAGCACUUUCAAUGGUUGAUUCGAGCGAGAAAAAGCCACCUCAUUUAGAAAUUCUUGUGUGAAAGAGCACCAAUGUUUUAAAGCAAAGUUCAUCAUAGAAAAAGCUUUUCAUUGAAACUGCACGCUGUUUUCACAUUGCACAAGAACUUUUCUCUAGCACUCUGUGCACAAUUGAGCGGAUUGAACGACAAAUUGCGGCAUCUCUUUAGUUUAUUCCUCUUUUUCUCCUGUCACGUCUCAAAAAUAGCAGACAUUUACUUGCUAGAAAAGAGUCCAAAGUAUCGCUAAAGAAUGGCCAACACAGCACAUUUAUUUCGUAGACAAAGCUCACGCGAUUUGGCUCCAUCAUCGCCUAGAACUCUGGAUAAUUUAGAACUCAAGGAGUUACGCGGAAGACUGGUCAGGGCUGAAAAUGGUUCUAGGAUCUCAAUGUAUGGUGCCACAAAUCAGGCAUUUCAGUCAGACACAAAUGAUCCUCAGCCAAUACUGCCUGAAAUUAAAGAAGCACCCGUGGAUGGUGCCGUGGAGCAGGACAUUUGUCCUGAGAGACCGGAGGAUGAACGUGAGAGCUGGGACAGUAAAGUCACCUUCCUUUUGGCCACCAUAGGCUAUGCCGUUGGCCUGGGAAAUGUUUGGCGUUUUCCUUAUUUGGCGCAGAAAAAUGGUGGUGGUGCCUUUCUCGUGCCCUACUUCAUCAUGCUUGCUAUCCAGGGAGUUCCCAUCUUCUAUCUAGAAUUGGCCAUUGGACAGAGAUUGCGUAAGGGAGCAAUUGGUGUCUGGCAGCAGGUAUCACCUUAUUUGGGCGGUAUUGGAAUAUCAUCGGCUGUGGUGAGCUAUGUUGUGGCGCUCUAUUACAACACAAUCAUUGCCUGGUGCCUCAUUUACUUCCUGCACAGCUUCGAGUCACCACUGCCAUGGGCAGAAUGUCCUAAGCGCUUAUAUAAGAAUUUCACCUACGACUUAGAGCCUGAAUGUGUGAGCUCAUCACCAACUCAGUAUUAUUGGUACCGAUCAACUCUCAUGUCCUCUCCAAGUGUCAAUGAACCGGAAGUGUUCAAUUACAAUAUAGCUAUUGCUCUGAUCGUGGCCUGGUUUCUGGUGUACAUGUGCAUGGUGCAGGGAAUAACUGAAUCUCCUAAAGUCGUAUACAUUACUGCAAUCUUUCCCUACGUUGUCCUCAUCAUCUUCUUCUUUCGCGGGAUCACUCUCAAAGGAGCCAGUGAUGGACUUAAGCAUCUCUUUACACCACGAUGGGAGACUUUAGCUGAUCCUGUUGUCUGGUUAGAGGCGGGAACGCAGAUUUUCUUCUCACUGGGGCUCGCUUUUGGGGGAUUGAUUGCUUUCAGUUCCUACAAUCCGGCCAAUAACAACUGCUACCGUGAUGCCCUUCUCGUUUCCAUCACUAACUGCUGCACAUCGAUGUUUGCCGGAGUUGUAGUAUUCUCAGUGAUUGGAUUCAAAGCUACAGCAAUUUUCGACAAGUGCAUGGAAGAUAAAAACAGUUUAAUUGCUCUCAAUAAAACAACGGAUUUGCCUGUAUGUGAUUUGCAGAAGGAGUUGGACAAUAGCGCAUCUGGAACUGGAUUAGCAUUUAUCAUCUUUACGGAAGCCAUCAACCAAUUUCCAGGAGCACAACUUUGGGCAGUAUUAUUUUUCCUUAUGCUCUUUACUUUGGGCAUUGAUUCGCAAUUUGGCACACUCGAAGGAGUCGCAACUUCUUUGGUUGACAUGAAACUCUUUCCCAAAGCCUCGAAAGAAGUUAUCGUCGGGGCUCUCUGCUUCACGUGCAGCAUCUUUUCUAUGAUGUUCGCUCACGGAGCCGGAAGUUAUAUCUUUCAACUUAUGGAUAGUUUCGCUGGCAAUUUUCCACUCCUUAUUAUUGCCUUCUUUGAGUGUCUCUCCGUGAGCUAUGUGUAUGGGAUUAAGCGUUUUGCCGAUGAUAUUGAAUUAAUGACAGGAUCUCGCCCAGGACUGUACUGGAUGAUAUGUUGGAAAUACAUAUCUCCUUUGGCUAUGACUACCAUUCUUACGGCAUCUUUCUUCGACCUAGCAAUACGUGGAAGCAACUAUCCUGCCUGGAAUAGUCUCAAAGGCGCCACAGAUUCUCUGGAAUGGCCUCAUUGGUGUAUCGCCAUAGCCAUAAUAAUGAUUCUUUCCUCGGUCUUGUGGAUACCUGGAGUAGCUAUUUGUCGGCUUCUGGGAAUCAAUAUAAUUGAGGACACAGAUCCCGCCUGGUUUCCUGUCAAUGAACUCCGUGAGGUGCACGGAAUUGUUCCUGUGGAGCCCACAGAGGUGGAAAGGACACUGUUCUGCAUUCAACCCGAUGGCUCCGAAGGACUCUGUUGUCCAACGUAUUCACUGCGGGAAGAAGCUCUCGAGGAAGAAGAGUAAGCAUAAUUGACAAUUCCCUUUCACAGCAAUUUCUUCUGUGAUUCUCGACAUUGAAUGGUAUAAUUAGGUUGAAAUAGGAGAGACAAUGGAGCAAGAUUGGGAAAUGGGAAAAUGUGUUAUUCGUUAGUGUGAAAGGAAAGACGCGCGCAGAAAAAAGUCAGGAAUUCGAGUGAAAAAUAAAAAGAAACUUCAGCCAUAUCAAAUAAUUCCAUAUCUAGCACUUUUCUUGUGACUUUAGUUCGGGACAAGCAGAAUUAAAAAAAAAACUCUUUUUCGUCACUUCCUCUUCAAAGACUGAACAAAAUGUUAAUAGUAAGAGCGAAAAAAACUCACCGAAAGUGUGAUGGAGAUGGCAAAGAAGCCACUUUUUCUCCAAGCACCCGUCAACUUUCCCCCAUCGUCAAUAUUCCAUGAGUAAUAAUUUAAUUUCGUUGGAAAAUUAAUUAAAUUAAAUUGAUGCCGUCUCGAAAAUUAUUUAUGAAUAGUAGUGCUGAUAAAUUAUUAGAUACAUACACAAAGUGCAUAGUGACACAGAAGAUUAAUAAUAAUUUUCAAAUGUGAUGAGAGUUGUUUAUUAACUACUAAUAGGGUACUAAGGUAAAUUGGGAAGUACAUUAAUCGAAAAAAAAUGGAAGCACAAAAAAAUAUGCCGUUAACAGACAACACAAAAAAAAUUAAAAUCUAAGACACUUUUAACAACAAACAACAAAAAAAAACAUUACUAGCAUAGAUUUACAACAAUCAUAACCAACGGCUUGAGAAGACAAAAAAAAAAGGUGGAAGAAAGUUUAUGAGGAAAAUACCCUAAUGAUAUAAAUGUGUGUUGUAAUAGACAUUAUUUAGUCAAAAUAAAAUUAACAUAUUGUAGCUAAAGAAGUUAAACUUCUUACCCUAAUUACCUCUUUUUCGUUAACAGUAAAUUUCGUAUGAGAACAAAAACUUUUGUUAAGAGUUCCUUUUAUUAUUUACAUUGAAUGGUGGAAAGCCUAAUUAUCUUGUCUAUCUAUUUAAAAGUAAAAUAAUUGCAGAGCAAACGCUAAAAGGACUAAUCAUGUCUUAUAUAUGGCGCAAUCUCAUAAACUUUUGAAAGCAUUUCAAAAUUUGUUAUACGACUACAUUUUUUUAAUAAUUCAAUUAUUUUUUUGAAAUUGUUGACUAUGUAGAGGCCUAACGAUAAAAUAUCGACUUUUAGUAUUCAAUGAUCCCUCCUAUAAGUUAAUAUUGAUUAAAGAAAUUUUUCUUCUGUCUUGGCCUCUUUAUAUAAAAAUAAAAGAUUUUUUAAGUUUUUUAAAUAUUCUUGUUUUUAAGUUGAGUUAUGCCCAACGAACAAUAACUUUUGUUUAGUAAACAUCUUUUUGACAUUUCAAUGAGAGUGAAUGAAACAUAGGUCUAGUCGUCUCGCUCAUUCUCAUGGGAAAUUUUGAAAACAUGUUUACAAACAAAAGUUAUUUUGCGCUGGCCAUUAUACCGGUCAAAAGAUGAUUUUUAAUGUUUUAAUAGGGGAAUGUUGGCAUGGUUCGCACAGAGUGAACCUUCAAAAACGCAAAUUUUCUCUAUGUUUGCAAUUUUCUCUAUAUAUAUAAAUAUAUAUAGUAAUAAAAAGAUAUUCAAAUUUUCAAUAGGAUUGGAUUGGCCUCAAUUUGCAAUGCAUUCGUACAAUAGAAGAAAGAGGCUAUCUUUCAAAUUUUGCUUUUUUUUGCUUUUACUACGAUAAGGUUAAGUUUCAUUUCUAAAGUAGGAGAAAAUGCCCUAUUUCAAAGGUGCCCAACUUCCUCCUACCGGAAAUUGAUUCUCCAUUCUUUCAAAACUUCUUUUUAUUGGUUUGUAGGUGCAUGAUAUAGACUUAGAGGCUUAAUGGCCUAGACACACUUACGACUUAACGGAUAUACGGCUUAAGGUUAUAAUCAAAAUAACGAUUACCUGAUUUUCAAUAGUUUCUGACUAUUGAAACUAGAGAAAACUGAUACUAGAGAAAUUCAAGUCCAUAUUGAACCAUUUUCCUACACAAGCGUAGCGAAUUCGCUUCAAUAUGGACAUAAAUUAGUCUAGUGUGUAGAGGCCAUAAGGCGUAUUUCGGCUUUAGCAGAGAAACAGUUUAGUUAGUAGGAAACUGUUUCUAAUUUAGUCAAAUCAUAAUUUUGAUUAUAGUUACGUUAAGCCGUCUCUCGGCUCAAAUAGAAGUGUAUUUAAAAUAUAACGGUGAAAAAUUUCGACUUUUGGUUUUCGAUGAUCGUUUAUAAGUUAUGUCAUUUUUUUUAGAUAGUUUUAUCCUAUAAGAACCAUAUUUUAGGUUUAUUUUGAAAAUGGCCUAAGUGGUACUUUCAUUUUCGGAUUUGCUCUGUGUUAACGGUAAUAUAACCAUGAAAGAUCUACGAGAGAUUAUACUUAUCUGUUUUAGCUGAGGUUCUUUACAAGCUCUUUAGAAUUAUACUUUCUGAUAAACUUCACAAAUUCACAAAUUUUGCAAAAUGUUUUGUUACUUAGUAAAUGCUUUUUUUUGUCAACAUAAUUCUAUCACAGUAUUUUGAAAUUUAUAAAAUUUUGGUCAAA